AUGGCUAAGUUCUCCUCUACAAGCCGUACUACCCUACCGACUCCUCCCCUACCGAUACCCUCCAAAUCGAUUUUAAAAACGCGGACGACUUGUGGCCAAAAACGCAAGAUAGACAUGAGUUUAGCUUCUGAAAUCUCAACGGCUUCGGAUUCUUGCUCCUGGCUACCUUCCAAUAAAAAGCGUGCUCGGGUAACUUUUGAAAUCGAUACGCCCGAUUCUGAUAACAAGAUAAAAGCUGACUGUGGCGGCGUGGAAUCUCGGUGUAACGAGAAAAGCACCACUUUGGUGAGAGAGGAAGUCAGGCGUGUUAUACAACGGCAUUUGGCUGGCGAUAGUGAAGGAUAUGAUCGCUUAAAGGAAUUAUUUUCUGUCGAUCCAAAAGUACUCGAGGAGAAUGGAUCCCCCGUAUAUGAUUUGCCGACACACACUUCGUUAAAAAACCACCUUUUAGGAUUGUGGUCCAAUGUUUCCGCACUUGACGGGACUUGCAGCGGCCUUGUACAUGCGGUACUGACAAGCGAGUGGCUUGGGAGGGACGAGGCAUAUGUAAGACUAUAUGUUAGGUUUCUAGGCACUUUGGCUGCUGCACGUGGCGGAUAUCUAACUGCUGUGCUUAAGAUGCUUGCGAACAAGUUACAUCAUGUUCCCUCUGGCACUGGUAGACUCCCUGGAUACCCUAUUGUACGGAAUUCCGAAAUCUAUGAUAGAACACAUCUCGCAAUUCAAUAUAUCGUGCACCUAAUUCCUGCUGGCAGUGUCACCUUGUCCCCAAUCCUCUCUUCUACCUUCCCGCAUGAUACAGACACAGCGAAGUCACACAUUGCGUUUACUCGAAAUUUAAUCAAGCUCAUUGACUACGCGCCUGAGCUGCGCUCGGAUGUUCUUGCUCUUAUUACUGAUAAACUAGUCAAGCUUGAUGUGCAAAUUCAAGUCGAUUUAGACGACUUUGAGGAUGAAUAUGGGGAUGAAGAGAAACUUCAUGACGAGAUAACAGCAGAACGAUUUGCUCUUGAAGAAGAUGAUGAUGAUGACGAUGUUGCCGAGAGUGUCACGAGUGAUGAAGAUGCCACUAAUAUUGAGAUUCAACGAUAUAAAACAGUGAAAGACAAUAUUAACAAAAUUGAUUACAUGCUUGAUUUAUUGUUUGAAUACUACUCUGGUCCUUUUAACCAUGGGAGCGUGGAUGACAAAGAAAGUACUCUAGACCUCCUCCUUAGCCACUUUCAGAAAAUCAUUCUUCCUACCUAUCGCUCCCGUCACUCUCAGUUUCUUCUUUUUCAUUAUUCUCAAUCUUCUCCUGUUCUCAUUGAUCGAUUUGCCGCUGCUUGCAUUCAGAUUAUAUUUAGCAAGUCGCAUCCUCCUGCUCUUCGACAAAAUGCUGCCGCUUAUCUCGCGAGCUUUGUUGCAAGGGGUGCGCAUGUGAGCAGCGAAGUUGUGCGUGAUGUGUUUGACCUCCUUUGCACUCAUUUACGAAAUCUUGUCGUUGAAUACGAACCUACCUGCCGAGGACCAGAUCUACGUCGAUAUGCAACAUUCUACGCAACCACUCAAGCUGUCCUUUACAUCUUCUGUUUUCGUUGGAGAGAUCUCACCACGGCCGCGCAAGAGGAGAAUUUCACUAAUCACAAUGAACUUGACUUAGACCAAGUUCAUUUUCCGCCCAAUAUCAGCGACGUCCUCCACGCUACCAUCCACUCAAAGCUCAAUCCCUUAAAAAUUUGUUCGCCCUCCAUUGUUCGCGAAUUUUCCCGCAUCGCUCACCAUGUUGGCUUCAUGUACGUCUUCCCGCUCCUUGAGACCAACAAGCGAAUUCGAAUAUUCUCUUUCAAUACAAUUUGUAUGGAUUCACGAUUCGGACAAAUGGAGCGCGAAGCGCUUUCCAAUAACGAUUUGGGCCCGCAAUUAGACACCUACUUUCCGUUUGAUCCAUACAAUUUGCCACGGAGUCGACGGUGGUUGGAGGGUGACUACGUAGAAUGGCGUGGCGUACCAGGAUUAAGAAAUGAGGACGGCGAUGGGGAUGAUACCGACGAUCGGGAUGUCGAGGAUGCAGAGAUUGGUCACGCAACAGAGACGGACGAGGAUGAAAUUGGAUGCUAA